AUGUCGGGCCGUGGCAAGAGCGGCGGUAAGGCCCGUGCUAAGGCCAAGUCUCGCUCGUCCCGGGCUGGGCUGCAGUUCCCGGUAGGGCGCGUUCACCGACUGCUGCGGCGCGGGCACUACGCGGAACGGGUGGGAGCUGGUGCGCCCGUCUAUCUGGCCGCCGUGCUCGAAUACCUCACUGCUGAGAUCCUGGAGCUCGCGGGCAACGCGGCACGCGACAACAAGAAGACGCGCAUCAUCCCCCGUCACCUGCAACUAGCGGUGCGCAACGACGAGGAGCUUAACAAGCUGUUGGGCGGCGUUACCAUCGCGCAGGGCGGCGUCCUGCCCAACAUUCAGGCCGUCCUGCUGCCCAAGAAGACCAGCAAGAGGGGCAGUGGGCAGCAGUCGCAGGAGUACUAGGCCGGCCGGCCCUCCCGGCCCAACUCAAAGGCCCUUUUCAGGGCCACCCCAUUGCUCACUGGGAGAGCUGCGAUCCGCGGAGGAGGGAAGGGGACGAGAGGCGUGGGGGGAGGGGGGGAAGCGGCCCGCGACCAGUCAAAAACUAAGCGUGAGAGCUGCUCCAUAAGGACCCGUUAUUUUAACUCUUACCUACCGCUGGUACAUUCAGUGGACGUUGCCUAGAAAAUAAAACUGCUUUACUUAAGAAACAGGACCCCAGCACGGUUCUGUUACAGUGUUUCUGCAAGGCACUGUAACAAUCAAACCCUGCUCAGGUGAUGCUGACCUAGUAGCAAGUGCAGGAAGCCACAGUAUCUGGAAGUUGGGCUUGUGCUUCAGCUCCCCCUUCACUGGCAAGUCUAGCUAACUGGCUCUCAUGACUUUUGUGGACAAACGUACAAGGGAAAUCAAAAUGACUGUCCCUCCCCUCAUUUAAUACUAGCCAAUCUAGCUAGUAUUACUAAUAUAUAUACAUAUAUAUAUAUACACACACACAUAUGUAUACAUAUACAGAGUAUCAAUCUAAUCCUAGCCAAUUGCCUAGUAUAUCAGGUGCAUCUACCUGAUAACAGUGAACUUAAUUUGCCUUCACUAAGGCCAGGGUGAAUGUAGCAUCUCUGCUACUUUACUAUAAGGAAUAUGGUAUCAGGAACC